GCGGCGGCAGCGCGGAUGAAGCAAACUGCGAGGUGUGGCUGUUCCCCACCGGCCAGUCUCACUCUGACGGCACUCCGCGGCUGCCCCGGCUUCACCCUAUCUCCGGAGAGGCCGCGGUGGCUCCCAGUGAUGACAAGAUUGACGGCUGUGCUGAUCUGUUCACUGUGGUGGAGGGGAAGCUGCAGACCGAGUUCCAUAACAUGGUCCAGGCGCUAUCUGUUCGCUGGACUGAACGGAGCCUUGAGGAGCUGCGCCGCUGUCGGCCCGGUCAGCAGGACCAGCAGCAGGAUCAGGAGCAGGCUCAGGGACAGGACCAGGAGCGGCGGCAGCUGCAGCACAGUGUCCGGCAGCUGCAGCGCUGGCUGGAGGACACGUACCGCGACCAACUGCAGCAGCUGCACCAGAAGCUGCACCAGCACAAGGACCAGCUGCUCCAGCUGGAGUCAGAGACGCUCGAGAAGGCUCAAACGCUCUCAAAGGAGCCGCACGUGAUCAUUGACGCUAUGCGCUCGGAGAACUCUCAACUGAGACGCCAGCUGGCGGAGCUGGAGCAGCACCAGACCGGCCUGGAGCAGCAGGUGUCCGAACACGAACAGGAGCUCAACAGUCUCAGAGAGUACUUCCAGGAGAAGGUCAAGUUCACCGAGAACAUGUACUCUGAGGAGAUUCGGCGACUGAUCCAACAACAGGCGGGUCGGCCCGAGUCGGAGUCGGAGUCGGCGGCCGUUGAGACUGCGGACAGGGACGGUCUGGGCGACCUGGCGGAGCUGGGAGGAACCCUUACCGACCUCGGCCUGCCCGACGGAGCCGUAGACACGGCUGGUCCAUCCAUCCUCCGUCUCCGCGUGGAGUUCGAGCGGCGGCUGGCCGCCCUCCGGCAGCAGCUCGACAGAAGGGUGGCGGCGCGGACGGGGGACCUCCGCGCGGAACUGGAGCGGAAGCACCGUCAGGAGGUCAAGGAACUGGAGAGGAAGCACCUCACGCAGCUGGCGCAGACCGUCGAACGCUACAAGAAGGAACUGGAGGCGGGUAAGAGGGAGUCUGAGAAACAGAUCAGCGAGAUGCGCAGCCAGCUGAUGCAGCAGCACCAGGAGGAACUGCGGCGCCUGGCUCAGAAACAUCGGCGCAGACAGUCGAGCCGGCCCAGGGACGGCCACGGUGGUGGUGACGCUGGCGCUGGUGAUGCUGGUGCCGGUGACACUGGUGCCGGUGAAGGAUCACCAUCUCCCGGGGAGAUAGAGGACAGUCGUCGGCAGGCCCUGCUGGCGGAGCUGGAGAACCUCUCGUUUGAGAUGAAACGCCAGAAUGAGAGCGAACAGGCGGCGUUCCUGGAGCAGCAGCGCGUCUCUCUGGAGCGGUUUGCGCGCCAGCAGGAGCGCGCCAUGCGCCAGUUGGAGGCCCGCCAGCAGGCGGCGCGAGACGAGGCGGCGCAGGCAGAGCGCGAGCUGGUGACCCUGCGCGCGCAGAGCGCUGAGGCUGAGAUCAGGAGAGACCAGGAGGCGGCCCGCUGGAAACUGGAGCUCGCCACCGGCUACGAGACGCAGAUUAAGGCGGUACUGGCCGGGGUCACACUGGACGAGGAGACCGCCGCGUCUGUAUCCCAGCUGCGGGUCACGCUACAGCGCGACAGUGGCGCCGCCCUGGCGGAGCUCGAGUCUGCCCACCAGGCGGCGCUGCGAGCGCUGGAGGCGCGCCACGAGCGACAGCAGCGCGAGCUCCGCCUACAGCUCGAGGCCGCCUCUAGACGGGAGCGACACCUGCAGGACACCCUCUCGGAUGAGGUGGAGGCUCUGCGCGAGCGGCUGGCCGCCGGGCCCGGCCCGGCCGGUGAGGGACUGACCUUUGAGCUGGACGGGCUGCGUCUGCACUUACUGCAGUUGGAGCAGGCGCGGGACAGACUGAACGGAGCCGCAGACUGGUCGGCCGGGGAGCACGGUGGCGGAGCCACUGUGGAGGUGGCCAGGGACGAACUGGAGCUGCUGCACAAGGACAGGGAGGAGCAGGCCGACCAGCUGCAGCGUCUGGGCGGCCUGGUGCGCGCCCUCUGCCAGUACUACCAGACCGCCGAGCGGCUGCACGGUCCCGCCCCUCCCGCCGGGGUCUCCGCCGAUCCAGAGGCAGACGCCACUGACCGGAUGGUACUGGAGGCUCUGGCUCCUGACGAGGCUGUCUGCCUGUGGGCGGAGCGCGGCCACCAGCUACCGCGAGUACAGCGCUCGGUCCGGGAGGCCACAGCGCGACUCCAGACUGCGGCGGCUGCAGCGGCGGCCGGCGGACAAGAGCAGAGGACAGAGAGGGAGGCAGAGCGGGCGGAGAGGGCAGAGCGCCGGGCGGCGGAGCUGGACCGGCGGGUAGAGGGGCUGACGGCUGAGCUGACGGCGGCGAGACAGAGGGUAGCGGCGCUGGAGGACAGGGCGCAGAGCGAGGAGCGGGAGGCGCUGGGGGAGAGCCGGCCGGCCGGACAGCCGGCGCCGCCGCCGCCCGAGGUGACCCUACAGUGUAUCAGGGAGGCAGCCGAGGCACUGCUCUCUGCCCCCGCCGACCCGGCCGACUCCCGUCUGCUGCUGAGCCGGGUUCACCAGCUGGAGGCACUGCUGUCCGAACUGACGGCGCAGAGUGACCAGAUGGUGGCGGAUUGUAACCGGGAGGUGGAGGACGUCAAAGAGCAGAUGGCAGCCGCCGACAAGCAGCUGCGCUCGACGCGCGCCUUUCUGGACGAGGUCACUGCAGAGAGGGAGGCAGAGCGGGACGAGUUCGGGCGGGAGACGGCCAGGCUGGCCGAGCUGGUGGCGGCCCGAGAGAGGGAGAGAGAUGAGCAGGCGCUGAGACGGAGACAGUUGGAGGCGGUGGAGGCGCAGAACGCCGAGCUGAUGGCGGCGGCGCACGAGGGAGACCAGGAGAGGGUCCGACUGCGCGACGAACUGAAGGCGGCCGUAAAUAAGAUCCACGACCUGCGUGACAUCAUCCGCUCUCUGGAGUCUCACGUGGACGAGCUGGGGUCAGCCGAGGGUGGAGCCGCUGCCGACCGACUCAGGGAGGAGCUGCAUCGCCAGACAGCGCACAGCCGACGCCUCCAGGCGCAGUUGUCCGAGUGCCGAUGCACCGCCGGCCGGCCAGACCCGGCCGGGGCGGACGGAGCCACGCCUCCCCCGCGUCUCAACUCGACUGCCGACAGUGAGGACACCACCACCCUCUCUGUGUGCCCCUCUCUGCUGCAGGAGCUGAGAGAUCAGAUCAUUCGUAUGGAGGCCGACGUGGACCAGCGUGUGGAGACGCUGGAGAACAGCUUCUCGUCAGCAACAGAGACGCUAUCACCGGCUGGGUCACGACAGGACCUAACGCAGCGUCCGGCCGGUGAGGACCUGGCCGGACUCCGACACAAACUGGAGCGUCUGGUUUCUGUGGAGGAGGCGGCGCUCGCCCGGAUACGGCACCUGGAGACCGAGUUGAGCCGCGCCAGGGUCAGCCAACAGGACCUGGUGUCUGAGAGGGGACAGCUGCAGCAGCAGCUGGCCGACCAGCUGCUGCAGCUGUCGGCUCUGCGCGCCCGCCUGGAGCGGAGCAGACUGGCUGCGGAGGUGGGCACCGACCCGGGCCAGCCCAGCCGCGCCCGGCUGGCCUACCUGCAGGCAGAGCUCGACUCGGCCGCCAAACUGGCCAAGGCCAAGGAGAAACAGCUUGCCGACCUGUCCUGUCAGCUGGACGAGACGCGCCGUAAGCUGAUUGUGCGCGAGUCGGAGCUGGCUCGUCUGGAGAGGGAGACGGAGAGGGAGAGGACGCCGCGCACCUCGCCGGCCGCCUCGCCCAGGGACGCCGCCGAGCUGCGAACUCUGCGCGUCAAAUACCGAGAACUGCAGCUGCAGCACCAGGAGCUGAUGGCCCAGCUGAGGGAGAACAACCUGCCCGAGUUUGUCGAACGACUCCUCUCCGAUAAGAACGUGCAGAUCGAUGAGCUGGAGCAGAAUGUACGCACUCUUACACAGCUCUCCAUGCGUUCGUCGUCGGCCGGUGACAGCCGCUCGUCGGGCCACCAGAGCGGCGUCAGUCGUCUCUCGGACCCGCACCAGCCCAGCCCGGAGGUGCUGCGCCGCGCGGCCACCUCGACCCAAUCGGACCCGGCCGGCGACCUAUCACUGCCGGACAUCAGCAUGGUCCAACAGAAACAGGAGAAGUCCGGUCGUCCGGCCUCCUCGCCAGCGACCGUCCCAGCCCGGCCCGACUCGCCUACAGCCGGCUCGGAACACAGCUGGGACUCUGCCCCUACAGUCGCCGGCGGAGCCUCUCAACACGGCAGCUCUGCCGGCUCGGAACUGGCCAGUGUCGCAGGCUCCAGUGCUAGUGGGGAUUCUAUCCAUAACCUGCGCGCGGCAUUGGCGAGGAAGAAACAGCUGUUGAAUGCUAGGAAGGAGCAGUUAGAGAGAAGCGCACGGGGAGAGGAUGUGGAGCAGACGCCACGGGAGCAGAGCGGAGAGGCGCCGGUGGUGGAGAGCAUCCCGCCACAGCCGAGCGACUCUGAGCUGGCCGAGGCGGCGCACGUCCGCCAGCAGCUGCUGAAGCUGCGCUCCCGACUGGAGGUGCUCGACCCGAUCCUGACACGACUGGACGAGGACUACGCGUCCAGCGUCGACCAGCUGUCCGGGCAGAAGGCGGCGCCGGCGGCCUCUGAGACGGAGCUGCAGCUGGCGGCGCAGGUGGCCGAGAUGCGCAGGACCAUAGAUGGGCAGGACGGAGAGCGGCGCCGGCUGGAGGGGCAGCUGCAGCAGCUGGACGCUCAGGGUGUCUCGGAGACGGAGCCGCAUCGACGUCAGCUGGAGGAGCAGCUGCUCGUCACGCUUCGGGAUAUGGAGAUCAACAAGCUGGACGCCUGCAGCAAGAUGCACGAGGCCUCGGCUCUGCUGGCCAGGAGUCAGAGACACGCGCAUCAGGAGUUGCAAAAUCGUGUCCAGACACUGGAGCAGAGCUGCCGGGCGCAGUCGGCUGAGCUGGCGGAGCUUCGCGCCACUCUGCAGAGCCGCGAACACAACGAGGCGCAGCUCCGUGCAAAUCUCCAGUCCCGCGAACGAAACGAGGCAGAGCUCCGUGCCAAUCUGCAAACCCGCGAACAGACCGAGGCGCAGCUCCGCGUCACUCUCCAGAGCCGCGAACAGAGCGAAGCGGAGCUACAGCGCCAGGCGCGUGACAGAGAGGAGUCUGAACGGCUGCUCACUGCCCGACUGCAGACCGCCGAGACGGAGCUGGCGCGGCGGGACGAGCAGCUGCGCCAGACAGCCGGCCAGCUCACCGACACGGAGCGACAGCUCCAGGGACGGCUAGCGGAGGCAGAGCGGACGGCCGCAGAGCGAGAGGAGCACGCGCGGGAUCUGUCAGCGCGGGUGGAGAGCCUACAGAAGGAGGCCGCGACUGCCGAGAGGCGCCGCCGUCAGCUACAGAAGAAAGUCACAUCACUAGAGGAGGCGGUUAGUGAGAGGGAUACCCAGGCAGAGCGGCUGAGGGAGAGAGCCGAGGAGCUGGAGAGAGCGGCGGAGGAGCGGGAUGGACAUGUGGACAGGCUGGUGGCUCAGGUGAACUCGCUGGAGACUGAGCUGAGGCAGAGACAGGCUGAGAUUGAUCGGCUGACGACAGCGGUGGCCGACGCGGCGGAACGUAGACAGUCAUCUCAGAGACUCACGAGAAGCCGUCGCUCAGGAGCCGAGCCUGAGUCGGACCGGAGCGUCACGCCGCUGCCGGAACCGGAAUUGACCAGACGGGCCGAAUGUCCGCGGCCUGAGUCAGCCUCCAGUCUCUCCGAUCUGACCGCCGCGCCGACCUCUGAGCUCGACUCGAGUCAGACGGUGACUCUGAGCGGCGCCCGCGCGGUGCUGGACUCGAGUCGGUCGGUGACUCUGAUUGAGGAUGGACCGGAGAGGGAUCCCGGUCCCGGACCCAACACGGACGUACUGUGGCAGCAGCGGUGCGAGUCGCUGCAGCAGCGGUGUCACCAACUGUCCACCGGCUGGCGACACGAACAGCGGCGCCGCCGGCAGCUGGAGAUGCGUCUCACCGCCCUGCUGGAGCCACGGGAGAUGGAGGAGACGGAGCGGGAGGCGCCGCGCCGCCUCCAGACGCUGCUCGACAGGGUGCACAGAGAGGGCAUUGAGGUGCUGACGCUGUCUGAGCUGCGUUACGUUCGGAGCCACUCUCCCGCUCUGCUAGUCCCGGACAGCCUCGGCGGUGGCGGAGACUCUUCGGCCGGCUCUGAGCAACCGAACGGCGGUCCGGGGCAGACGGAGCACGAGCUUCGGCAGAAAGUGGAGCUGCUCGAGUGGCGACUGCGGGAGGAGCGUGCCCUGGUGGACACCCUCCAGGGCUGGCUGCAGACCGAGCACCAGUCCAAACUGCGCAUCACCAGCGGGCGGCUGCAGAUCGAGCCGUGGCCGUCGGCGGCGGCGCUCACAGACCACCAGAAUCAGCAGCAGCAGCAGCAGCAGCAGCAGCGAAGGGUGAACGGACGCAGAUCGCCAGCGCCACCGCAGCAGCAGGAGAGACAGCCGCCAUCGCCGGCUCCCCUGCCGCCGCCCGUGCUCGUCCCGCCGCCGCCGGCCCCGGACGGCUCCGGUGACGGUCCGGAGCGGCCGGCCGAGCCGCCAGCUGCCGAGCAGCUGGUGCAGCUGCGCCGCCAGCUGUCUGCCGAGCAGCUGCAGCGGCGCCGGCUGCUGGCGGAGCUGGAGACGGAGCGCAGCGCGGCGGCGCAGCAGCGGCUCCAGGCGCACCGGCUGCAAACACAGCUGACGGCGGCCAACACAGAGCUGGGAACACUUCGUGCACAGCUGGCUGAGAAAACUACCGAGCUGGCCGUCCUCCGGGACCGACUGAAGGGGAAGGCAGCAGCGGCCGGCGGCGGCGGCUCCUCUCAGCCCCCGGUGAGGCGGAAACCGGAGCAGAUGGCCGGUCUCGCCGACAUGAACGCCGAGGUAGACCGGCUCCGUUCGCGCGUCUCGGAGCUCGAGCGCGAGCUGGGCCAGCGCGGCGACGCUCCCUCCGCCGACUCCGGCCCGUGGCGCUCCAGACUGGAACAGGAGCGCGCCGCCUGGAGUCAGGAGCGCCAGCGACUACAGCAGCGCAUCGCGCGCCUGGACACGGAGCAGGAGCGGCUGCGCCGCGCGCCGGCCGUCGGCGAUGGAGACGACGAGCGGCUGCAGUACGCGUACGGCCGGUUCCUGCGCGCCGAGAGCUACCGGCGCGCGCUCUGCUGGCAGAAGCGGUAUCUGAUGGUGCUGCUGGGUGGAUAUCAGGAGACGGAGGUGCUGACGCUGAGACGGAUGACCGAGCUGACGGGCGGAGCGUUCCGCACGGACGCCCGCCGCUACCUUUCGCCGGCGGCCAAGUUCCGCGCGGCGGUCUGGGUGGUCGUGGCCGUACGGAGGAUGAACUUCAUGGUCGGGAGAUGGAAAUCAGGUCGCCGGGCGGCCGUAGCGCUGGCAGGCGGCGUCGACCGGCCGAUCUCGCCAGCGGCGGCCCGCCCCCACUCGUCUGUGUCGCUGGUGUCAGCCUCGUCGUGCGACGCGCACGCUGAGCUCGACCGGCUGGGACGCAUUGUCAGAGAGUGUCCCCGAUCGGUGCCCGAUGUCCAGUUCGACGUCAGAUCGGUGGUCUCCGGCAGUGACGUCUGCUCAGAGGACCUGCAGCCGUACCUGGAGCGGUUCGAUGCGCUGCUCGACCGUCAGGGCCUGCCGCCGCAGCCGGGACGGCGGCCGGACAGCGGGCGGUAACAUCCCACCGUCAGAGGCCCAGUCAGAGGCCCAGUCAGACAGGACUGCGGCCGUCCGUCCACACUGUUACGGCAGCUAACUAAGACAGCUUCUCUACGCGUAACCCCUGCCAGUCUCUACCUGUCCUAUUCUAGUCCGGUGUUGUCAGUACCGCCUUGUACCAGCGGGAAAUUCCGUGUGUGUAUGUCUGUCUGCCUUUGUGGCGUGCCUGCCUGCCGGGACGGUGACGGGGCUAGUGAUCUUACACGGGUGUCUGGCGCUGCGAACGCCCCCUGCAGGGAGAAUCGGACGCCUUCGGGCCGUACAGUGCCAAGCACGUCGGUUCUGCUGUGAAUGCUGCACGAAAUUAUUUAUUUUACCGGUGGCAAAUAUAAAUGGUUUGUGAUUUUA